AUGCCAACAACCAACCAGGGCUGGCCCGAGGCGUUUGGGUUCAAGAUAGGUGGAAACGGUCCUUGCUACAUCCUUUCCGUCGAAGAGGGCAGCAGUGCCCACGUGGCGGGUCUCCAGCCGGGGGACCAGGUCCUGGAGAUAGAGGGCCAGCCCGUCUCCUCCCUGAGCUGCGAGGCGCUCGCCAGCCUGGCGAGGCGGUGCGGCAACGUGCCCCCCAGCAUCGGCGUGGUCUCCCGCGUGCAGCAUGUGGACCUCAGACCUGGCCCCCAGGGAUGCUUCGGCUUCACCCUGCUGAGCGGCAGCAGCAGCCCCCUGCAAGUGGAAAGCGUCGUCCCAGACUCACCUGCCGGCAUGUGCGGGAUCAGGCCGGGGGAUUACGUGCUAGAAAUCAACGGGAUCCCGGUGAAGCUCUAUGAAGCAGCAGCUGCCAUGAUCCAGUCCUGCCAAGGGAGGUCUCUGAGGCUGGGGCUGCUGAGGCUCGGGCGGCUGCAGAGAUGGACCAGCAGCAGCAUGCGGGAAUUUGCCCAGAGCGCUGAAGCCAUCCACCAGGAAAGGAAGCAGAAAGCGCAGGAAUUCAGCAAGAAGGUGGAUGAAAUCCUUGGCGAUCACCCAGAGGUAAAGGAGAAGGUUUUCACCGUCCUGAAGCAGUAUGCAGCAGAGAGGAAGGUAGAAUACUUGGCUUAUGCCCUCUGCAUGGUUCUCACCCAAGAGUCCCACCAGCUCCUUAUUGACAACAUCAGGAUUUUCAUCCCCAAGAAGCACCGGCAGCGGUUUGAUGAGGUCGUUUCGCAGAGCCUGAUCAGCAAACUGUGCCGCUCCAAGAGCGAGCAGCACAGCAACCGGCUGCGGCGCAGCCGUAGCGAGGACCACCAGGAGCGGCUGCUCGUGUCCACCCGCGCCAGCUCCGUGCCCCGCAGCCACGAGGAAGCCAGCAAGAGCCUGAGGAAAACCACCUCCCUGAUCACCAGCAAUGUGGCCUCGGGGGCUGCGCGCAGAACUGUGCGAGUUUAUAAAGGCAACAAAAGCUUUGGCUUCACGUUACGUGGACAUGCCCCAGUGUGGAUUGAGUCCGUUCUGCCAGGAAGCCCAGCUGAGAAGGCUGCCCUCAAAGCUGGAGAUCGAAUCUUAUUUCUCAAUGGUCUGGACAUGAGGAACUGCUCCCACGACAAGGUGGUGUCGAUGCUGCAGGGCAGCGGGGCGAUGCCCACUCUGGUGGUGGAAGAAGGGAUUGUCAACUUCUCAAAUGACUCUGACUCUGCUGACUCCCCGAACACCUCCUCCGCUCUCACCUCCCUGCAAUGGGUUGCAGAGAUACUUCCCUCUAGCAUCAAGAUUCAAGGAAGGACCUUCAACCAGCAGCUGGAACAUCUGCUCACACCACCUGAGCGCUAUACCAUCUGCAAAGCACUGGAAGGCUUCUUUCAACAUCGGAAUAUUGACACUCUUAUUGUGGAUGUGUACCCGGUGCUGGACACACCAGCCAAGCAAGUCAUUUGGCAGUUUAUCUACCAGCUGCUGACGUAUGAAGAGCAGGAGCACUGCCAGCAAAAGAUUGCCAGGUUUCUUGGUUACAAGUCCUUGGCAGCUGAGCCAGAAGCAGAGGAGCGCCAUCGCAGCUCUGUCCGAGCAGCUUCCUUGUGUCGGGGAAGCCUUCGAACCCCGCGCCCCGAGGAAGGGGGAGCAGCAGCAGGCCAGAGUGACACUGUGGAGGUCCCAGUUCGGCUGAUCCCUGGAGAGAGACAAGCCGGUGAUGGCACUUCCCUCCCAGAAACUCCCAACCCAAAAAUGAUGUCGGCUGUCUAUGCAGAAUUAGAAAACCGCCUGAUUGGCAGCUUUGCUGGAAAGAGGAGUAGUGCUGCUAUACACAGAGCCUCACCUCCUGCCCCAGACCAAGCACAUGCUGCAGGUGCUCGGAAGCCAGGGAUGUCGAUCUCGUGGCACAGCGACCGUCGGCCCUCCCAGCAGUGCUACUACCACCUGCACAGCAGCAUCCCGUCCCCAAGCAGCACCGAGUCCAACCCGUACGUGAGCCUCGACAGCAGCCCAGCCCCGUCCCCCAAGCACGGGGAUUACUCACUCAGCCCUCUGUCACGACGCAAGAAGCUCUUCACCUUCUCCAGGCCCCCACGCAGCCGGGACACAGAUCGGUUCCUGGAUGCCCUCAGCGAGCAGCUGGGACACAGGGUCACCAUAGUGGAUGAUUUCCUCACCCCUGAGAACGACUACGAGGAGAUGAGUUUCCAUGAUGACCAAGGCAGCUAUGUCACCAACGAUGUCAGCAGCACCAGCGAGUAUAUCAGCAGCAGUGAUGAAGGGAGCUCCCUGACCUACUCUACCCUGUCGGACCACAUCCCUCCGCCGCCACUCAGCCCGCCCCCGCCACCCCCCCCUCUGCAGUUCCAUGACCCCCAGCCAGUCCCUGUGAAAGCAGAAUCCACAAAAACCAGCACAUCACCUGCCCCCAAAUCCCUCAUGAGCCAUCUGCACCCCAUCCCGCCUCCCCCACCCCCUCCACCCCCCCCACCCGUGCCCUGCGCGCCCCCCCUGCACCGGGGCCUGGUGCAUCGCAGAAGCGAGUCCAACCACAUGAGCGUCAAGAGGCUGCGGUGGGAGCAGGUGGAGAACUCGGAAGGGACCAUCUGGGGACAGCUUGGAGAAGACUCAGAUUAUGACAAGCUGAGUGAUAUGGUCAAAUACCUUGACCUGGAGCUGCACUUUGGAACGCAGAAACCUACAAAACCAACUCUCAUGCCUGAAUCCUUUAAAAAGAAAGAUGUGGUUGAAAUUUUGUCCCACAAAAAGGCCUACAACACAUCCAUCCUGAUAGCCCACCUCAAGCUCUCGCAUGUCGAGCUGCGCCAGAUCCUCAUGACGAUGGAGACUGACCGCCUGGAGCCUUCUCACAUCAAGCAGCUCUUGCUGUAUGCCCCUGAUGGGGAAGAAGUCCAGCAGUACCAGAACUACAAGGAUAACCCCAGCAAGCUGAGUGAGCCAGACCAGUUUGUGUUACAGAUGUUAUCAGUACCAGAAUAUAAGAUCCGUCUGCGCAGUCUACAUUUUAAGAGCACUCUGCAGGAGAAGACAGAGGAGAUCAAAGCUAGCUAUGAGUGUAUCUGCAAGGCCUCCUUAGAGCUGAAAAGCAGCAAGAAGCUGGCUAAAAUCUUGGAGUUUGUGCUGGCGAUGGGAAACUAUCUGAACAAUGGGCAGCCCAAGACUAGUAAAACAACAGGCUUUAAAAUCAACUUUCUCACUGAGUUGAACACAACCAAGACUGUUGAUGGGAAAUCCACCUUCCUGCACAUUCUUGCCAAAUCACUUAGCCAACAUUUCCCAGAACUUCUGGGCUUUGCCAAGGAUCUUCCUACAGUGCCGCUUGCUGCCAAAGUGAAUCAGAGAACAUUAACAGCAGACCUUAAUGACCUUCACACCACUGUCAGUGACAUACAGAUGGCCUGUCGCAACAUGCCAGCUACUGCAGAGGACAGAUUUGCAAUUGUGAUGACUUCCUUUCUGGAGAGUGCCCAGCCUGCCAUGCGAUCUCUGGAUGACCUGCAGCACAAAGCCAUGGAGGACUUCAGCAAGGUGUUGUCCUUUUUUGGGGAAGACUCUAAAGUGACAACUUCUGAAGCCUUCUUUGGCAUUUUUGCAGAAUUCAUGAGCAAGUUUGAGCGGGCACUCGGUGACGUGCAGGUCGGUGAAUGCCAGCGCAGCCCCAGGAUGACCUCCCCCCUUGCCUGGUGAUAGGCCUGUGGCAAUGUGAGGUGCAACCAUUUAUUGCCAACAAAGUGCAAUUUGCUCCUGUUGAGUUUGGUUGUAAAUAUGCUGCUGUCACCUGCUAGCACCAAGCAGAACCAUGGGCCAAGGGGAAGGGGCAGUCUGGACACUGAAAAGGCACCACAGAUGGAUGCUAGGGUGAGGCACAGGUGCAUGAAGGGAAACACUGUAUUAGUCUUGACAACAUCUUUCUUAGCACCCUCCAUCUCCAGCAUAUUACUGAAUCACAGAUUUCACACACAAUUGGAUAAAACCCCACUCUCCCGCAUUUCCAGAACACACCUAACUGGCACCAGCAAUCACUGGAGACCUUUCCACAUUCUCAUAGCCCUUGUGUGGCUAUGCACAGUCUUCCCCUCCUCGCAGAAUACAGCCCACGCCUUCCCCCAGGCAGGCACUGCUUCCACCUAGCAGCCUCAGGGGCCAGGAGUGGAUCUUACCUGCAGACUCCAUGGGGAGCAGAAGCAGGUCGGGUGAAGAGGGGGGCACAUAGGAACAAGAGCUGCCAUCAGCGCCAGCUCCCCUUCACACCCGUAGGAGGAACUGCUGAUGAGUCAGUCUCAGAUCCUUCUCCAAGCCCUGCUGCACUUGAGCAGUGUAAAGUGGGGCCGGAGCUUUACACCGACCUUAAUGGCUGAGUGGAGAGGGCAGGAGUUAGCCCAGAGGUUUUAAUCUGCUGCCACAGUUGGCCAGCGACAACGGAAAGAAAAACAGCCUUCCAGAAACCUUUAUGGCACAUCUGCAUGUUCGCACAUACGGAUCCAGUUCGAUUUUACACAGUUGAGUUAGAGAACCAGAAAAGGCCCAGAGUCCUUCCUGGCUGUCAGCUUUGCUUAAAGGUGUGGCAAUGGCUGACAGAUAUUGAAAUCUCACUGAGAAUUUAAUAUCAUCAGCACUAGACUAACUUGAACUUGCCAGGAGGCAUAAAAUCCUCAGUAUUUUGGGGCCUUCCUGGAAAGUACAGAACCCCUGGUAGUCUGAACAUUAAUGGGAGUCCUUUGAAGCCUGCAGCACAGCUUCUGAGGCCAGCCAGAGACAGUGAGAACUGUAUCGCAUGCCCUCUUUCAUUCAUCCCUGAGGGCUGCACUCCUUUGAGUCCCUCUGACACAAUGUAUGAUUUGACCAUUCUUUCAUGCUGUAUACAUGCAGGGAACUCUAGAAGCAUACAUGUCCACCUUUCAAUGACCCCUGAUUAUUACUUAGAUAAAUUUAAUUCUCUGAGAUGUCCUCUGGGAUGAACAGGCUAGCAGCAUUCUGUGGUCAGUACAUGCGCCUUCAGGUGACACGGUGCCCCAAGAGCUUUCUGGCAGUGAAAUUACAGUGCGUUAAUAUUGUGAGGCAUUACUUUGUGCAAAGUGCAUCUGUUGCCUUUCAAAUCUGACAUGCUCAAACAUCCUACGCUGUCAAAGUGCUCCAGCAAAGCCGUAGCUUAGAUAACCUUCUUCACUUCUAAUGGCAGAGCAAGAGCUCUUACUGCAGCUGAAAGUACAGAAUCACCAACUGGUGCAUUAUUUAUGGGAGACCUUAUGACCAUCAAAUCUUUGGUUUUCAAUAUUUUUUUAAACCCUGCUGUAGAAAGUGAAGUAUAUUUUCACAAGUGUUUUCAGUUUAUAGAGCUUUAAGUGCCAGGUAGUUUAUAGCAUUGUGUUAUCGGAGGCCCAGCCCUAUUUGUCUCUGUCUUUUCUCUCCACUGAUGGUGGUGAUAGGACAAUGAAUACUCAUCUCCAGUUUCUGUUUUGGAUGUUUCACACUGCAUUCAGUUGAUCUUUUUUUCUAAAAACAUAGUAAAUAUUUAAACCACUGGGGCUUAUUUUGAAACUGUCAUUAAAAAUGUGAAAAUGCUGUAUAUAGAUUUUGCUACAUGUUGUAACUUUCCAAAAUAGUUAGAACUCCAAUCCCUUUGGUAUUUUUAUGUGAAUAUUUUCAAAGAACCAGAACUUCUGAGAUAUGGUUAUAUUAUUUGAUAAUGGGACUAUGUAUAGUCACAAUUCAGUCUCUACCCAAUGCCUAUGUGCUAUUCCCAAAAUAAAGCUACUGCCUUCUGCCUCCUGA